AUGCAUCGCUAUUCCUUCCCGCACACGCCCGUCGCUAACCCCGAAGCGAUCAUCGGCGCUGGCAAAUACCGAUUCACCGUGCUCACCGACGGCCUCCUUCGCUACGAAUGGGCCGAGGACCACCAAUUUGAGGAUCGCGCCUCAGUCCUUGCCAUCAACCGUCAUUUGCCCGUGCCAGAAUUUCGAGUCAAAGAGGAUGGGCACAGCCUUCAGAUCAUCACCGCUCGAUUCCACCUUACAUACGACAAACAAGAAUUUUCUCCAAACGGUCUCAGUGCCGUAAUUAAGGGCCACUACGGGCCUCAUGUUAGUGUCUGGCGGUAUGGAAUUCAGGCUUCCAAUCUCGGCGGUACAACCCGCACUCUCGACGAGAUUGAUGGCCGGGUCUCCCUAGAACCAGGCGUGAUUUCCAGACAAGGCUUCGCGACUGUGGAUGACUCCACGUCGAUGCUUUUCGAUGAUCGAAAAUGGGUAACAACAAGAUUGCCCGGAAAGCGUGUGGACGGUUAUCUUUUUGCCUACGGACACGAUUACAGACGCGCCAUCCAGGCAUUCUAUCUUCUAUCAGGACCUCAGCCACUUCUUCCCCGAUGGGCGCUAGGAAACUGGUGGAGUCGAUACCAUGCUUACACUGCGGAUGAAUACCUGUCAUUGAUGAGUCGAUUCCGCAAGCAGCGGAUUCCACUUUCAGUGGCAGUGUUGGACAUGGAUUGGCAUAUCGUCCAUGAUGACUGUGUCAAGGAGGCCGGGGUAACAGGAUGGACCGGAUACACCUGGAACAAAGAACUUUUUCCCGACCCAAAAGCAUUCCUUGCCGAACUCCACAAUCAGGGUCUAUACAUUGCUUUGAAUGAUCAUCCUGCCGACGGAGUUCAAAGCUAUGAAGAUCCUUAUAAAGAGAUGGCUAUCACACUGAAUCAUGACACCUCAAUGGGCGAUCCCAUUCCUUUUGACAUCACCAACCAAAACUUCGUAGAUGCUUUCUUUGACGUGCUGCACCGACGAUUUGAGAAGGAAGGACUUGAUCUGUGGUGGGUGGACUGGCAGCAAGGGACACAUUCUCGCAUCCCGGGCAUUGAUCCGCUUUGGAUCCUGAAUCAUUACCAUUUCUGGGACAGCUCCCUCGGCAAUAAGAGGCCCCUAACAUUUUCCCGAUAUGCAGGGCCAGGAAGCCACAGGUAUCCCAUUGGGUUCUCAGGAGAUACUGUGGUUUCAUGGGAUUCUCUUCAAUUUCAGCCAGAAUUCACGGCGACAGCCUCAAAUAUUGGUUUUGGCUGGUGGAGCCAUGAUAUCGGCGGCCAUUUUCAUGGUGAAAAGAACGACGAAAUGCUCAUUCGUUGGGUGCAAUUUGGCACAUUCUCCCCAGUCUUACGUCUGCACUCGUCGAAUAACAUUUUCAGCAUCAAGGAACCGUGGAAUCUUGACGUUCCAUAUGAACAGGUCAUGACAGAAUACCUGCAAUAUCGCCAUCGACUGCUUCCUUAUUUGUAUACUAUGAAUGUUCGUGCUUCUGUGGAGGGACUACCUCUUAUCCAGCCGAUGUAUUGGGGUUAUCCUGAAGAUGAAGAGGCCUACAACGUUCCGAAUCAAUACAUGUUCGGCUCAGAGCUUAUUGUGGUACCAAUUACUGCUCCCCAAGAUCCGAAAUCUCGGAGAGCUCAGGUGCUCGCCUGGCUUCCUCCUGGCAGACAUGUGGAUAUCUUCACCGGCGUGGUCUAUGAUGGAGACCGUCGAGUCUGGAUUAAUCGGCGCUUGGAAGAAUAUCCAGUAUUUGCUCCAGAGGGGGCAAUUAUUCCCCUCGAUUCUGCGUCGGUACUUGAGAAUGGCUGUGGGGUGUCCACCAUGCUCGAACUCCUGGUCGUUGUCGGUGCGGACGGCACCUUUGAGCUUGUGGAAGAUGAUGGGAAGGGCCAACAUACAGAUCAGAUCAAUUUCCGUCGCACGUGCAUUUCCUUUCAUCAACAGACCGGUGAAUUACACAUUGAGCCGACGAGUGGUGGAAGUAUCUCUCCUCAAACUCGCGACUGGAGUGUACGCUUCCUCGGAUAUUCAUCGUUAGAAACGAUACAAGUAUAUGCCGGCAACGAAAGAAAUAUCAUAGACGGCGAGAAGCUUAACAAUAGUCUUCACGUGAAAUUGGGAACUUAUCCAGACAAUGUCCGAAUUGUGGUCAAGUUGGAGAGGCAUCCUACAUUGAAUGUGAAUCAGCCUGCACAUCAAAUUGUUGAAUUCCUGCGCGGCGCCCAGGUUGAAUUGGAUUUGAAAGACCACAUUCGAGCGAUUGCAGAGAGCUCUAAACCCAGGCUGCUGCAAAUCGGGGACAUUCAUGCUCUUGGAUUAGACAGUGCUAUAUUGAAUCCCAUCCUCGAAUUCCUCUUGGCUGACUCUCGCGUCUCUUCGACCAGAGACAACCAAGAGAUAGGAUUCGUAGUGGUGGAUCCGUAA